UUAUUUCUGCUUGUUCACAUUGUCCUCCAGCAAUUGAAAAUGGCAAAAGUAGAUAAAUGUCAGUCUUGUGGACCAGGAUAUCCAUCUCCAAAAAGAGCGAUGAUCGAAGGUCCCAGAGAAAAACUGAUGUAUGCAGUAUGCAUCCAUACAGACCCAAAUAAACCGGAUGUUCUUUCCACCGUGGACAUUGAUCCUGAAAGUCCAACAUAUUGCAAAAUCAUACAUAAACUUAGAAUGAAGCACGUUGGUGAUGAAGUUCAUCAUUCUGGGUGGAAUAUCUGCAGCAGCUGUCAUGGUUUGCCUCGAAAACGUGACACGAUGGUCUUGCCAUGUUUGGAUUCAGACAGGAUUUAUUUUAUAGAUGUUACUAAUGAAAAGGAACCCACUAUAAAAAAGGUACUCGAGCCAGAAGAAAUGCAUUCUUGGGGAGCUGCAUCACCUCAUACGUCGCAUUGUUCUCCAACUGGAGAAAUAAUGAUCUCCAUUAUGGGGACCCCAAGCGGGGAUGCUCAGGGUGACUUUCUCUGCAUCGACAGUGAUACUCUUGAAAUAAAAGGAAUGUGGACGAAGGGAGAAGCAAAAGCUAAGUUUGGCUAUGAUUUUUGGUACCAACCUCAUCACGAUGUACUCGUAGCUUCAGAAUGGGCAGUUCCACGUAUUUUCAAAAGAGGUUACGAGUUUUCAGAUGGUGAAGACCCGACGCUUUAUGGUCAAAGUUUAAAUGUUUACUCCUGGAAUAAUAAAGAACUCGUGCAGGUGAUCGAUCUAGGCAAAGAUGGAGUUGCUCCACUGGAGAUAAGAUUCCUUCACGAACCAACUGCCAGUGAAGGGUAUGUAGGAUGUGCUGUGAAUUCGAGCAUUUUUCGAUUCUUCAAAAAUGAGACCGGUACAUGGUCUGCUGAGAAAGUUAUCCAAAUACCACCAAAAAAGGUUGAAGGAUGGGUGGCACCUUAUCUUCCAGGAAUGAUUACCGACAUACUAAUCAGCCUAGACGAUAAAUACCUUUAUUUCUCAAACUGGUUGCAUGGAGACAUCAGACAAUAUGACAUUACAGAUCGAAAAAACCCGAAACUUGCUGGUCAAGUUUUUCUGGGUGGUACGAUUCUUUCGGAUUCGAAAGUUCGAGUUGUUGAUGAUACGGAAUUAAAAAAUCAGAAGCAGCCAGAACCCGUUUACUUAAAAGGACGUCGCAUUUAUGGAUCACCACAAAUGUUGCAACUUAGUCUAGAUGGUUGUCGACUUUAUGUGACGACAGCACUUUAUAAACCAUGGGAUAAACAAUUUUAUCCUGAGCAUGUCAAACAUGGCUCAACAAUGAUGAAGUUGGACGUGGACGUCAAAAACGGUGGCAUGAAAUUGGAUGAGAACUUUUUAGUCGAUUUUGGUGCUGAUAAAGAUGAUAUUUUGAUGGCGCAUGAAAUUAGGUACCCUGGUGGAGAUUGUACAUCUGAUAUAUGGCUUUCAGAGUAAAACUUUUUUCUAAUAUUAAAUCCCAGAGAUAUUAUUUAUCUGACAUUGGAUAAAAACGUUGCAAACAAUUGAAAACGACAGUUAUCCGACGUCGGACGAUUGGAGUUAUCAAUUUUUUUCAAUGUUUUUAUCCAACUUCAGAUAAAAAAUAUUCUUGGAAAUUACCGUGCUCUUAAAUUUACUUUAAGUUUCGUUAAUUGAAACUUUCACUAAUAUGCAUUAAUUUGUUGGUAAGUACUUGAAAUGUUUUGACAAUAAAUAUUGUUUAAAAAUU